UGCACAAUUUGUCUAGAGGCAUUUGAUUCGGGAUAUUUGACCCCACAGCCAUCUGGUAGGAGCUGCUUCUCAGCCACCGUGUCUUCAAGUUAUGCUUUGUUUUUCAGCCCAGAUUCCAAAUGAAAAUGUUUGAGGGCUUGGAUUCUGCAACCACAAGAUCUGGCCUGGAUCUUUGGGCUGAACUUUGUUCCUGUCUGCCAAACCCAGACCAAGAAGAUAGUCCCAGCAAUGCCUUCUCAGACUCCUUUGUGGAUUCGUACCCUGCAGGUGCAGGCCAGAAGAUGGCGCCAGACUUUGUUGUUCAGCCAGCCUCAAAGCCUUGGGCUCCCUUGCAGGAUUCUGAAGUAUAUUUAGCCUCUCUAGAGAAGAAACUGAGACGAAUCAAAGGUUUAAAUGAAGAAGUGACUUCCAAAGACAUGCUUCGAACCCUGGCUCAAGCCAAGAAGGAAAGCUGGGAUCGGUUUCUUCAAGAGAAGUUAGCAUCUGAGUUCUUCGUGGAUGGACUUGACUCUGACGUGAGCACGUUGGAACAUUUCAAGAGGUGGCUCCAGCCAGAUAAAGUAGCCAUUAGUACAGAGGAAGUGCAGUAUCUGAUUCCCCCAGAAACACAGGUUGAGAAGCCAGCAACAGGUGAUGAGCCAGCAACAGCAGAACAAUAAAUUACACACACGCACAAGCGCGCGCGCGCGCACACACACACACACACA